GAGAGAGAGAGAGAGAGAGAGAGGGCCGAUCUCUUCCCAGAGAAGAGUGUGUGUGUGUGUGAGAGAGAGAGAGGACAGAGAGAGACAGACAGACAGACAGGUGAGACAGGAGGACACAGCUGUGUCUUUGUCUCUGAUGAUGGACGACUACUCUCUUCCUUCGUGGAUAUACAUUGCUGUUCUCACUGUGUUUGUGGGGGGAGUCAUGAAAAAGAUUUUGGCGUCCCAUCUAAGCCCCACCCCCGCCGUGGUGGCGUGGCUGGGCGCCACUGUGCUUGUGGAGCGUCUCUGGGCCUUCUGUGUUCCUGCUGUUCUGGUUCUGGUUCUGCUCGGCGUCAUCUGCUGCCUCUUCUCCAUCACCAGGUCAACGCCGCCCACCCAGCUGCCAGCACAGGGGAAGGCAGUCUUUAUCACAGGUUGUGACUCUGGUUUUGGAAAAGCGACAGCGAAGCGCCUCGACUCCAUGGGCUUUGAGGUGUUUGCCACAGUGUUGGAUCUGUCAGGAGAUGGCGCCAGAGAGCUGCAGAGCACCUGCUCGUCCCACCUGACCCUCCUCCAGGUGGACAUCACUGAUCCACAGCAGGUCCAUCAGGCACUGCUGGACACCAAGGCCAAGCUGGGCCUAAAGGGUCUCUGGGGUUUGGUCAACAACGCCGGCGUGUGUGUAAACUUUGGAGAUACAGAACUGUCACUCAUGUCAAAUUUCCGCGGCUGCAUGGAAGUGAACUUCUUCGGGACGCUGAGCGUCACCAGAAACUUCCUGCCUCUGCUGCGACGCUCCAGAGGACGCAUCAUCUCCAUCUCCAGCCCUGCAGGUGAUCAGCCAUUUCCAUGUCUGUCAGCGUACGGAGCCUCUAAAGCCGCUCUCAACCUCCUGGUCAACACUCUGAGACACGAGCUGGAGCCGUGGGGCGUCCAAGUGUCCGUCGUCCUGCCGUCCUCGUACAAGACAGGUCAGUCCAGUAACCACGCCUACUGGGAGGGGCAGCACAAACAGCUGCUGCAGAGUCUUCCUCCAUCGCUGCUCGAAGAGUACGGCGAGGACUACGUCAAUGAGACCAAAGCUUUGUUCGACAGCUACUCCAGUGAGGCCAACCCUGACCUCAGCCCCGUGGUCAAUGCCAUUGUGGAGGCGCUGCUGACACCACAGCUGCAGCCGCGAUACUUCGCCGGUCCUGGUGUCGGACUCAUGUACUUCAUCCACAGCUACUGUCCCUUCAGCCUCAGCAACCGCUUCCUCCAGAAACUGUUUGUGAAGAAGAAGCUGGCGCCGCGAGCUCUCAGGAAGCAGUCCAGCUUUGAGGUGAGCAGCAACAACAACAACAACAACAACAACAACAACAACGAUGAGAAGCUCAUCUAGCAGCAGUGACAAACCGUGCAAAUGCCCCCAUCUGGACACACUUGGAGGUCAGGGGGUGGAGCUUGUUAUCAUUUGUCCUUCACCACAGACGAUAUAAACAAUGAAGGAGCAGCGGUUUGUUUUAACCUUUGACCUCUGACCUUUGUCCACAUUCACACUUGUUUUAAGUUGUCUUCUCCUCGUUGUGUCAAUGUUAUACGUCUGCUGACAAACCUCCAUGGUUACGCUGCAGCUUCAAAUGUGACAGUGUCACGUGUUGCCCAACUGCAUUGUGGGUCAAAUUUUCCUCUUUAAUCACGUUAAAUGUGACAUGAACUGAAUAGUGUGAGCACCAGCCAAUCAGAUUACAUCAUGUAAACAAUCAGAUUACAACAUGUAAACAACCAGAUUACAACAUGUAAACAAUCAGAUUACAACAAUCAGAUAACAACAUGUAAACAAUUAGAUUACAACAUGUAAACAACCAGAUUACAACAUGUAAACAAUCAGAUUACAACAUGUAAACAAUCAGAUAACAACAAUCAGAUUACAACAUGUAAACAACCAGAUUACAACAUGUAAACAAUCAGAUUACAACAUGUAAACAACCAGAUUACAACAUGUAAACAACCAGAUUACAACAUGUAAACAAUUAGAUUACAACAUGUAAACAACCAGAUUACAACAUGUAAACAAUCAGAUUACAACAUGUAAACAAUCAGAUAACAACAAUCAGAUUACAACAUGUAAACAACCAGAUUACAACAUGUAAUCAAUCAGAUAACAACAUGUAAACAAUGAGAUAACAACAUGUAAACAACCAGAUUACAACAUGUAAACAAUCAGAUUACAACAUCUAAACAACCAGAUUACAACAUGUAAACAAUCAGAUUACAACAUGUAAACAACCAGAUUACAACAUGUAAACAAUCAGAUUACAACAAUCAGAUUACAACAUGUAAACAACCAGAUUACAACAUGUAAACAAUCAGAUUACAACAUGUAAACAAUCAGAUUACAACAUGUAAACAACCAGAUUACAACAUGUAAACAAUCAGAUUUCAACAAUCAGAUUACAACAAUCAGAUUGUAGCGAUGCAUACCAUUGUGACUUCGCCCAUCAAGUGUGACAAAUCACAGGAAGUGCAUACUCACUUGUUUCAAAGUAAAGGUCAGCUGACCUUCAUAAUGAAAGCACAACAGAGUCAUUGAUCAGGAUGUGUUUGAUGACAUCAUAUGUAAAUAUUCUGUAUCAUUAUUUAGUUUUAUAUGAAGUUUCACUCAUUCAUAUUUAGAUUAGAAAUAAAUAUAGCUUUGUGUUUAUGUUGUUGAAUCUAAAUAUUUAUGACAUCUUUUCUUUUUUCAUAACUUAAAUACUGUGAAUUUUGUAUGAAAACAAUAAAAUGAUGGUGUAAUGAACUUUGAUAGAAAUAAAGUUGACUUUUCCACA